UUAUCUUGGUGGAUGUAAUAUGAAGAAAUGAACAAAGGUACAUAUUGCUGGUGUUGGUGAUUAUAGUUUAGCCGGUAUAACAGCAUUACCUGAUCCAUGCCCUCUACCAUCUGCUGCCAAGAAGAAGGGACUAAUGGACAAGGAAAAGCUGCUUUAUGCCUCCAUGUCUGGAUUGGGCCAUCUUCUUUACGAUAAGGAUGCUGUGUAUACAAACAUAAAUGAUCACUUUGUCCAGUUCUCUAAGGUUGAUGAAACAGCUGCUGUUGGGGGUCGCAGAGGGAAGGGAAAUGAUGUCGGAGAGGCUUUAGUUAAAUCACUUCAGAACACGAAAUAUUCAAUCGAUGAGAAGUUAGAAAAUAGUUUUAUUUCCCUUUUCGGGAAAAAAUAUAAUCCAUCCCCAUCAAAUCAUGCUAAAGCUGAUCAAACUAAUGAUUUGGUGCCUGCGGAGCAAGAUCAGUCUGUCUUUGAACCCAACAGGGAUGGAUCAGAUGAAGACAAUGAUUCUGAAGAUUUGAAUGAGUUGGAACCACUACAGUUGAAGCGUACUCAUCCAAAGGAGUCAAAGGACACCUCUGAUGAUAGUUCUGAGGAAGAAGAUACUAUUGGAUCAGAGAAGCACCCAGGAUCGAGUAGUAGUUUCAGGGAACAUGUUGAUUUCCAUGACGGAAGAAUGAGAAGAAAAGCUAUCUUUGAUAAUGAUAAUGAUUUUGAUGUAAAGGAUUAUAGUGAAGCAGAUAUCGAAGAGGAUGCACAAGACGAGGAUUUAGGGGACACUGAUGAAGAAAAUGAAGCUUAUCAGAAUUCAGGGGAUGAUGAUGAUUUUGAUAUGGAUGAAAAAAUUAAAUGGAAUCGUUGAAGGACAACAUGAUGACUAUUAGCUCUGAUGAGUUUGAGAAUAAUAUCAUUGCUGAUGCUGAGGAAUUUUCUCUAGCUAUUAAACAACAGGACAGUGGGACUCACAAGGUUCCAGAGGACGACUUCAAGGCUGUUGCUUAUAAGCAGGAAUGGAAUGAAGUAUCAAAAUUACCUGCAGACUACAUUAGGAGAGAAGACAUGGAGAUCAAAGAUGUGGCUAUGAAAUAUGUAUUGCCUUUCCUUCCUGGUAAAUCAUUGAUGAAGUUUCGGGCAGUUUCCAAUGAGUGGAAUCAUUGGAUAGUUUGCCCGUUAUUAGCAUACCAGCAAAGCACUUCAUUUCAGAAACUUUCAGGCUACUUUUAUCAAGUUGUGGAUGUGGAUUUCCAAUCUGAUCCUAAUUUCUCGUCUCUGGACCAUUCUGCGAAUGGUAUCCCCAAUCCUUCCCUGGGUUUCUUGCCUGAAAGGAUUAAAGUUCUCAGUUCUAGCAGCGGGUUGCUCCUUUGCCAGGGGUUGGAGAGUUAUUACGUUUGCAAUCCUCUGACCGAAGAUUGGAAGCGUAUCCCUCCUCAUCAAUAUUAUCACGGAUCUGAUCCAGCUGUCAUUCUUGCGUUUGAUCCUCAGGGUAAUAUUGAAUCGUAUUUUCACCUUGUCGCUGCUGUCCCUCUUCUUGAUCAACCAGUUGUGUUCUUUGAGAUUUACUCGUCUCAAUCAAAUUCCUGGAGUCGCUCUUCUUCAGAGUGUCUUGAGUUGGAAGAUACAACUCUUGUUGGUGGGGGAUUAUAUAUGAAGGGGAUGGCGUACUGGAGUACAACAUCAAAUGGUGUGCUAGCAUUUGAUGUGAAAAAUGAGGUUGCUGCAGUUCUACGUGUGCCUAUUCCACCUGGGAGAUAUGGUGCCUUGACUCAGGUAAAGGAUGAGCUAUCCUAUGUAACUGUUUACAACGAUUGUGGGGAUGUUUUUAUGUGAGAUAUAUACGGAGGAAUGGACAUGAGUCUGAAUCACAGUGUCUGCAUAAAUCUUGGACACAAGAAGUCUCGCCAAACACUGGAGGAAGAUCCCUUUAUUGACAAUGGUACUGUGUUGUGCAGCGUAUUACCCUGCAUAAACUGUGGUGAUGACAUUGUGGUGAUCUGCACAACUGAAAGGAUAUAUCUUUAUUACCUGAGUGGGCAGAAGGUUGAGACUUUUAUGACUCCAGGACAACUAAAUCCGAAGAGAAGAUUCAUACCUUACACAAACAGCCUCGCUGCGAUACAUGAGCUGAAGAACUAGCUGUUGCUGUCAAGUAGAAUUCUCAUGUCCUUCCAUCAGAACUCCUUGAACAUUUUGCAUCUUCUUUUGUUUUUUAUUUGACUUGGAUUGCAGAUUAAGCUGUUUGAAUAGCUUUGUGUUUUUGUUAUAGACAUGUUUUGGAUUGCCAAUAGUUAUUGCGAGGUUUUAGUUGUCA